AUGGGGGCUAUGGUUGAUCAAUGUGUUGACAACAUUCCCCUCCCACCCUCAUCGACAAACGAAGACUGGCAUCUGCUAUAUGCGAAAUCCCUUCUCAACAACUCUUCCCAGCCGCUUAGAUACUCACAACGCUCUACCUUUCCCGAGUUCUGUGCUCAAUUCAUUAACCAGAACAUGCGAUGGGAAACGCUCGCAAUCUUCUUGUCAGCUGUUGUCCGAGCCACUAUGGAUAUCCAGUUUUUCCCGUCGCUGUAUACGACCGAAGAGAAGAAGUAUAGCCUCCGAAAGCUAUGCACGAGAUUAGCGGACUAUGCACUGGAAAUCACCAUAUCUCUUGACUGUCUGAAUGAUCUUCAAGUCUGCUUGCAGUACGAAAACUUUAUCGUGCAUUCUCAUGUAGACGGGGACCAUAGCUACUAUUCGUGGCGAAAGCUCGGAGAUGUUAUAUCCUCGAUAUAUGCUCUCGGCUACCAUGAGAAUCUCGAUGAGAAGCCCGAUACACCUCGCUUCUUGACGGAGCUACGCAAAGCUGUCUUUGCCCGCGUGUAUUCGGCAGACAGGAACGUUGCCAUCUUCGUCGGUCGUCCACCCCGCAUGAACAGACAAUUCUGUCAUUUCCAGAUCCCAUCAAGUCCGCUUCCCGAUGACGUCUGGUUUAUCUCCUCUGACAAGCCCGAUAAUGAAUUCGACGAUCCUUUCAGCUGGAACCCGUCGACUAAAGCGAGUUAUAUGGCUGAAACUCGGUGGACUGCGUUGUGUGCCGGGGUCAAAGAGGAUAUACUUAAUUUGCAGAGAAGUCGGCCAAGUGACAUGGAGCUUUUCUAUCAACGGGUUGCUGACAUAAAAGCACAGGCUGAAAAGAAUUACUCUUCACUGCCUCGACAGUUUCAGUUCCGCAACAAUCUCAGGGAUAGUACACUGAGCACCUUCGAACGCGACUUCAUCGGCUCAGUGCAAUUGAAUCACUUGCACACGCUCUUCCUGCUGAAUCUCCUCCUGCUCAGUGCUCCUACUGAACCCGAUCCCACCCUCGUGGACAUCGCCGACCAGAUCCUCUCGGUAACAGUGGACAUGGUCCUCCUGCGUGAUCAACUUACAAACUCAGGAACAUGUCUCUUGUGGAAGGUCGCCUAUCAUUGUCUCCCCGCCGCAGGAAUUCUCCUACUUGCUCUGCUCAACGAGAGGGCCACUCCAAGCAUGCCUCGUAUAACACGGCCCAGAACGCUUCAGCACCUGACAAUCCUCGCUGCGGAGAUCCAGGCCGGAUCGAUCAUUCGGCCCCAGGAACCCAACUAUGAGCUAAUGUCCAAGGCCAUGCAAACAAUUCAGAGCUUCCUAGAUUCAGUCACUUCUGAACCCAUGCGCGCUGUGCCAGCCAUGACACCCCGCAGCCCGAACCUAAUCGAAUGGUCCAGUUUUCCUUACCAGCAAUCCUUAGAUUUUGAGAUUGGUUUCUGGGAGAGUCUUGCCGACCAUCCCCUACUAAGUUUCCAGUCUGGAAUUAUGGCGCCCGAAUAG